UUGCUUUUCUGUAUUGCAAAGAAUACGUGUGUGACACUCUAAUCUAAUUAAGGAUUGCCUGUUUCCAUCAAGUCUAAAAUCAUCCCUGCACAUCGGCGGCAGGGAGAAAGGAAGCUUCGGUCUGUUCCAGUUAUCUCUCUCCUAUCUCUAAAUGUGAGUCAAGCGUUUGCAAAACAAAUAAAAUCCCAACACCAUAUGUCAGAACCUAACUGGUUUUCCGAAUGCACCACAGUAAGCUCGAGAUCAUUUGGCCCCUCCCCACCUCACUCUCUAUCUCUCCCUCUCCCCGGAGAGACGUCGGCCAUAAGGCCCAUAACUAAUGCAUGCUCGUGUCGUUCUGACCUCCAUAUCUCAAUGCAAGCAACUACACGCCCGUUUGCUUGUUUCAGGAGGAGCUCACCACCAUCCCAACGUCAUCAAAUUGAUCACAAUCUGCACCACUCAAGGAUUCUCGGCUUACGCGCGCUUGUUGCUCCAUGGGAUCGAACCUGUUUCUUCCUUAGCAUGCAAUAGCGCAAUCAGAGGGCUCUGCGAUGCUGGGCACCUGCUGGAGUCACUGCUAUUAUAUUGCAGAAUGCGCUCCUAUGGUGUCAAACCCAACGCCUGCACGCUCUCUUCACUGCCCAAGUCGUGCGAGAGCCUGAUUCAUGGUAGGCAAGUGCACUGCGACGUGAUAAAGUUUGGUCUUGGAUCAGAGGUGUUUGUCAGUGCUUCGAUGGUUUCGAUGUAUGCGAGGCUUUGUUGCGUCCAAGAUGCACGCAGACUGUUCGACGAAAUGCCUGAAAGAGACUCAAAGUCGUGGAAUUCGUUGAUUGUCGAGUACGCACGGAGUGGAUGUCACAGGACUAGCCUAGACAUGUUUUGGCGCAUGAUAGAGGGUGGAUUGGAAUGCACGAGAAUAGCCAUGGCAAAGGUUCUUCAUGCUUGCGCUUGUCUUAGAGACAUUGAACAAGGCAGACGCAUACACGAUCACAUCAUAACAUCAGGAAUCGAGGUAGAUGCUUUCGUUCAAACUGCAAUUAUAGACAUGUAUAUGAAAUGUGGUGCUGUUGAUGUUUCCAUUAGACUGUUUGAAGAGAUGUCAAACAAGGAUCUGGUCUCAUGGAAUGUGGUUCUUACAGGAUGCAUAAACAGUGGGCUUUACUAUGAUGGGUUUGCUCAGUUUCGGAGGAUGAGGACAAUAUCAGACUUCAAACCCAACGAGUCAACACUUGUUUCAAUUCUUCCGGCUUUAUCAGAGUUGAAGGCUGUGCCUGCUGGCAUGAGCUUACAUGGUUACAGCAUCAAAACUGCCCUGUAUUCUCAUGUCAACGUGGUCAAUUCCAUUGUCUCAAUGUAUGGGAAAUGUGGGGUCCUGGAUUUGUCUCUUCGUGUAUUUGAGACGAUGAAGACAAAGAAUGUUGUAUCAUGGAAUUCAAUUAUGGCGAUCUGCAAUCAAAAUGGCUUUGCAGGGGAUGCAAUUAUUCUAUUCAUUAAGAUGAGGAGAGAAGAUGUGGCAUCACCCGACUAUGUCACUGUCGUGAGCGUACUUCAGGCUUGUGCACAGUUAGCAGUUCCAAGAUUAGCAAAUGCAGUUCAUGGAUAUAUUGUAAGAAGUGGGUUUGAAGCUGACAUGUUUGUCAGCACUGCACUUAUAGAUGCAUAUGCAAAAUCUGGAGGUUUGCAUCUUUCACUGUCCAUUUUCAAUCAAAUGUCAGCUCCAGAUUUAAUAGCAUGGACUGCCAUGCUUUCAGCAUAUGCAAUUCAUGGACGUGGAAAUGAGUGCAUCCACUUCUUUGAGAAGAUGCUAAAUGAGGGCAUAAGUCCAGAUCAUGUUUGCUUUACUCAUCUUCUUAGUUCAUGCAGUCACUCUGGACUUGUUGAAGAAGGCAAGCGAUUCUUCAAUAGAAUGUCCACUGAUUACAGGAUUGAACCACGGAUGGAUCAUUAUUCAUGUAUGGUUGACCUUCUUGGUAGGUCCGGCCAUUUGACUGAAGCAUAUGAUCUGAUUAAGAGCAUGCCUAUUGAGCCUAAUGUUGGUGUAUGGGGAGCAUUACUUGGUGCUUGUAGGAUCUAUCAUAAUAUUGAGAUAGGGAGAGUAGCAGCAGAAAAGCUCUUCAUGCUUGAUCCUCUAGAUCCUGGAAAUUACGUUGUGUUAUCAAAUAUAUACUCUGCAGCUGGUCAAUGGAAUGAUGCGUCAAAAGUAAGAGCAUUGAUGAAGCAAAGAAGGCUGAAGAAGAACACUGGAUAUAGUGUUAUUGAAUCCAACAAUAAAAUCCACACGUUUUCAGUGGCUGAUAGGUCCCAUCCUGACUCUGCAAAGAUAUAUGCAAAAUUAGAAGACCUCACUAAGAGGAUGAUGGCAGCAGGAUAUGUGCCCAAGACAGAGUUUGUGCUUCAUGAUAUUGAUGAAGAAUUGAAAGGAGAUAUGCUGUAUAGUCAUAGUGAGAAACUAGCUAUUGCUUUUGGACUUUUGACCACCGAUGCUGCAGUUCCUAUCAUGAUCACCAAAAACCUUAGGAUCUGCGGUGACUGUCAUGAUGCAGCAAAAUUCAUAUCAAUGAUCGAAAAUCGCUUGAUCAUUGUUAGAGAUUGUAAACGAUUUCAUCAUUUUGCAGAUGGGUCCUGUUCAUGUGGCGAUUAUUGGUAGGAUCUGUCAAAUGGAUUAUUCUUUGGAUGGUAUGUUGGCCAAUGAGCAAACUGUUUGAAUCUUUGUUAUAGUUGCCUGAAAUUAUUGAUUUCAGCAUGCAAGAAUUAUUGGACCUAUCAAGUCGAAAAUGGUGAUCAAGCCAAAAAUGGUGAUCAAAGAGGAAAGGAAAUGGUGAUCAAGCAGAAGAACAUGAAAUGGCCUUGAUAUGUUACUCGCAACAAUCAGAUUUUUGUCAUGAUCUAAUCAAAGGGUCGAUGCGGGCUCAAAGACGUAAAACAAUCACGUGAGAAAUGUUUCAAACAGAUGUACACUCUCUCCUUUUUUUGACAGAAUAGACUUACUGAAGCAGAACCAACUUGAUAGACGUUCUUUACAUGAAAGCGUACAGUUGAUUUGGUCACAACGGUCAUUAACAUCCUCUGCCACUGCUGAUGUCUCGGUGAGCCUGGAGUAUCAAAGGGGGAGAAAGCUAUGAAGUCCUUUGAUCCCUCUGAUAAAUACCUAGAUGAUAAGAUCAGAAGGAUCAUUAACAUACUGUCAUUGUUUAUGUUCCAAAGAGUUGAAGAAUCAUGAGGAAGAACGUCUUAUAUCUGCAUUUAGAGUGAAACAUAAAGCUGUACAGUGAGUUUCACUCGAAGUUCAAACCUCAACUUUCUAUUGGUGCUUUCCUCUUUGAUGAGGGUCAAUACUGCUGUAAGGAUCAUCAUUUGUUCUAUGACAAGAAACUCUCUUUGGUCCAUGGGAAUGUCUUGAAAUUUCUGCUGACACGUAAGGACCUGACCGCCAAAAACAUGCAAGGACUGGACCGUCAAAAACAUGUAAGGUUGUCAUUUGUUCUAUGACAAGAAAUUUACUUUGAACCAUAGGAAGUGUUGAAAUUUCUGCUGGAAACAUCUCAUUAGAGCUGUCAAAAUAAUUUUAGGACUCAGAGGCCCUAGUCACGAAGAUCCAACCAGCCGACUAGCUCCCAAUACAGAGUUUAUUUCAUAUAUUAUUGACAAUCAAUGAUAUAUGUUCUUAUUAUUGGACAUUUCCGCACUUUCUUGGGUAUACAUCUAUGCAGAUCCUCCUUUUACUCUAACUAAAGGUCUGAGCAUCGACUAUAUGCUGCAAAUUCUGAUAAUUGCAGGCAGAUGGCUCCACCAUUUCAUUCUGGUCGGGAAACUCGUUGUUGUUCCUCCAUGGAUGACAAUUUUGACUAUCAGUGUAACUGACUUCUACAUCUUCCUUGAGGGACUCCAGUGAUGACGAUGUUCAUGAACAAGAUAUGAAGACUAGCUUAUUGACUGCUUUCAGCUGCACUUGCUAUGCUUCUGCAUGCCUUUGAAGAGAGAUGAACAUGAAUUGUGCAAUUUGGGAAAUUGGCAUGAUAAAUGAAGGAGAAGAAGAUAAAACGUUGGCGAACAUCAUGAACGUGUUUACACAAUAUUGCUAGGGAAUCUAAACACUGUAGUUGUCAAUUUGAAGCAAAAGAAAAUUUAUUGCGUUAAAGCCACGAAAGCAUGAAAGCAGAACGCGCACGACAAUGAUGGAGAAAGCAGAACGCGCACGAGAAUGACGGAAGCAUGAGACAUUGGAAAAGGAAAUAUAAACAAUAUCUGGAAGAGAGUUUCUGUUCUUAUAUGAUGACUGGCAUUCCUCAUUUCAACACGUGACUUCCUGAGGAAACGUAUCCUUCGCAGUAUGAAUUUGAGACCUUGUCGUCACGAGUCGAUUUUAGCAUUCUGCGUGCCGUUA